AUGUCGCCCGAGUCACCAGCUCCCGCUGUCGGGUCGGCAUUAUACUUCGACAUCGGGGGCUUUUCAGAAAGAUCAGUCGCUGAAGGAUCCAAAGCUGGAUGCCCUUUCUUCAACUUCACAAGACGAGGCACGUGGCCGCAUGUGAGAAAGAUUCCCAACUGGAAAGCUGAAUUAGAAGUUGUCUUGACGCAUCCCCUAACGCGACUGUGCCCAAUAUUUGAGGCCUCAGUCGUCAUUAUUGACUACAGGAGACCAUACAAUCCACCUGUCGGCACCAUCUCUGGCUCCGAUAGAGGGCUCGACCACCGUGAUCCUAGAGCGCAUAUGCUCUUUACGUACGCAAUAGGGCUUGCUCAAGGAACCAAUAACCCCCUAUGGCUGAGAGAUUACCGAGUGUGGCCAAGUUCAGCUGCAACAGAUGCCUCGUUCUCCCAGGCCCAUGGCUGGUUGGCAGAAUGCUGCUGUUCUUCCACUCACAAGCGAUGCCAACCUGUUCCCACGAGCUUUACCCCUUCCAGACUGCUCAAAGUCCCUUCUAGCACGAAUGUAUCAGAUGUUGAGGUAGUCGAGACGACGCAUCUAGGUUAUUUACCAUGGUGCAGCUUGAGCUACUGCUGGGGCGGCCCUCAACCAUUGCAGACCACUACACGUAACUUUGUGUCCGGCCGUCGUACCAUCGCUCUUUCCGAGCUUCCUCAAACUAUUGCAGACUCUGUGUUGGUUGCCUUCUUUCUGAAAGUACCAUAUAUAUGGAUCGAUUCCCUCUGCAUUAUUCAAGACGACCGCGAAGAUGUGCGCAAAGAGCUCGGCCAGAUGCCCGAAAUCUAUAAAAAUGCAGUUUUCACGCUUGUCGCGGGAACCGCCCGCUCUUCCUCUGACGGGUUUCUGAACCCCAGAGACAUGUCGCAAACCUGGUCCAAGCCAACGCCACCGAUCGCCUUGCACUGCAGGGGCCCAGAAGCUGAACAUGCCGACCAUAAGGAUGCAGUGCUGCUCCACGACCAGGCCAAAAUGGAUAUGGAGCGGCUGGUCGAGCCGAUUGAUCUCCGUGCCUGGACUUUACAGGAGCGGCUAUUAUCUCCCAGGGUUCUUAUCUACGGUUCCAGAACCCUGUCCUGGAUUUGCCAUUCCAGAUCCUAUCGAGACUCCAUGAUGCCAACACCCGAGGAGCUGGGUAUAGGAGAACUUGGCGCAGGUGCCCGGAUGCUGUGGGACCUUCCAAGACGCAAAGACCCUCGGGACGUUUCGUUCCUUUGGAUCUCCAUCGUCAGGCAGUACUACCAGCGCCAGAUCACGCAACCAAAUGAUAGACUAAUAGCUCUGGCGGGUAUCGCACAGGAGUUCUCCCGACUGACCGGCUGGGACUAUGCCGCCGGUCUGUGGAGGCAGGGAAUACGGCACAUGGCGGCCUGGUAUCUUGUAGGCGAGAAGAUCCACCGAAAUGGCACUUCCUACACUAUUUAUCCGAAGACCGCCAUUGGCGACCGAAACAGGCGCGCGCGUGAGCGAGCACCGACUUGGUCCUGGGCCAGUGUGGACAGUUCGGCUUCCCUGUUUACUGGGCCAGACUGGCCCAAUAUAAUGGACACCGUCGUGAAACCCAUAGAUGCCGCUCUGGCCUUUGGAAAUGCUGAGAGGGGCAUAAUGACAGUGCGUUGCAAAGCAGCUCGUGCAAGACUAGUGAGGACAGCAGACGGGAUUCCGUACCUUUCCGGCUUCGAGGAUGACCAGCCAAGUGCCUUCACGAUGCUUCAAAAAUGGUCGUCCAGUUGGUUCACAAAGGCAUCUCUACCAGCGACAGUAGUGUACCUCGAUGCCCCAGAUGACGACCUCCAGGGUUGGGAUACCUGCGAAGUCCCGACGGGGGCAGAUUCCAGUGUGGGCACAUCACAACCCUUCUGGGACGUCUGGAUGCUUUUGUUGGCCCCGGAACUGGAUAGUGUCCCAUCGCGUUGGCAUAUGGAUCUUCUCGUCACACCUGAUGAGACCGUACCUGGGCACUUUCGACGUAUUGGGGUUUAUGAUGUUAAGAUGACACUAGGUUUCCGAGCCUUAUUUAUGUCGGUUGAAGAAGAAAUUAUCAUGAUUAAGUAA